ACGGCGUCCCUCGAGAAUAAACAUUUUUUCUUCCAUACCGUAUCUUUUUUCGUCUACAACGACAAAGCUACAACGAACUGAACGAACGUCAUUCGCGAUGAUCGCUACUCGAUCGAAUUAGUACAACGAUCGUAAUGUAUAUACGAUGUCAAAACGUUACACGUUCGUUGAGCGCCACGAUAGUUCUAUCGGUGGAAUGACUAAAUUCGACAACAAGAAAGAAGCGUGAUAUCGGUUCGACUCAUUUGUUUCAACUAAAACGUUUCCGAUCAAAGUAUAACGUAGUCAACGUAUAUAUUGUGUUGGCAACUAAGUGAUUGCGGAUUUUAUUAUUACGUGGUAUUGACAAAAUCCAGAAUCACUUAGUUGCCAACCCAAUACUUGUAUCGCGCAGACAUACGUUUCGAGGUAAAGAGCAGUCAAUAAAGUGUCAUCGAAACAACCACUCGUUUCUCGUUUGAUCUCGCCGACGAGGUGCAGUACAAUUAAUGUAAAAUUACCGAGAUGUGCGCGGGACCUGAAUCGAAUUAUACACAACCGAAUUACACUACGCUUUCCUCUUUGCCGCGGCUCCAUCGUGGUCGUUGUCUUUCAUCGAUAUAUAGGGGGUUGAUCCGGUCAAAGAUGCCGUCAGUUGUUAGAUAGCUGCACGCACACAACACAUACGCGGGCGAUAAUAUUCUCUUUGAUCCAUCGAUGAACGAAAGGACAGUCGUAGAUAUACUUGUCGAUAAUGAAUACGGUAACAGGUGUAUACUCCAAGCGUUUGCCGAAAAGAACGAUCGAUCAACUGGUUCUUCGACUUGGACUAACCGAAGUUUGUGAUUUCUUUCUUUUUUUUCUUGCAGAUUAUCUAAGUCUAACCGGGAAUCGAUCGCACGCGUGCAAGAAUUUUGGGUACGCGUACAUUAUAGGUGCAUAUGCACAGUGUCCCUAUUGCCCGAAAAGAACCGAAUUACUAGCGUGUAGUUUGUUGGAACAUGGACAAAAAGCACGAUUGAAACGGAAAGUUGUUCGAGAGAUGAGAUCGCGAUCGGACGCGCGUGUUCAGAAAAUACAAAUGUAUUCGAUCACUGAAACUGCUAGAUGUGAAACCGCGCAGCUAUUGCAACGCGACUGGACACUUUCGCCGAUUCAAAGAAACGUUGUCAGUUUAAUUCGAUACUAUUGUACCGAUAAACUCUGCCAUCAGACUGGAUAUUCGCGUUGCUGGCAACCGUUCCUCUGUAAGAGCAUGCACACACAUCUUUGUAAAUAAAUAGCAGAAAUUAGCUGCCGAGCGAAGACGAAAAGAGAAUUUUUAAAUCGAUCGAUUAAGGGCAAAUACAAAUUGCCGGUACACGUUCGAGCAAGAGGCUGACAUAUCGUCCAAAGGAUUGCGACGUUGGACACGAUAACGUCGUUAUUUAUAUAACGGAAAGACGAUCGGUGUUUAUAACGAACUCGCUCGAAUCUCUUGGCUCUUGGCUCUAAUUCUGCCUGCAUCGAGCCACUCUGCACACGAAACACACCUAAUAGAACGUAAUCGCAAUCGCAAUCGCGUGAGUGGUUUGAUUUCUGUAAAGGAACGAUCGACCUCAGCACCAGCCGCGAGAUUUUAGAGCACGUCCAUGCGUAUUUUGCUGUGAAAUCUGUUCGAGCGUAUCACUGACGAAACGAACGCGUUUCU